UAUCAACACAACACAAAUAACUACGUACCUGAUGCUGAAGGAUUCAACUCCCACUUUCCAAGGUGGUUCUGGGCAUCAUAUCUCACCCACCCCUUCCAAUUCCUUAUCCCCAUUUAUUUGAUCAGACUCACAGAUGACACCAUCAUUCUCUUCCAUUUCCUCCGAUGCCACACCAAAUGCAAAGUCACCUGUGGAACUGCUUCAACAGAUAACUUCCAUUGAAAUAGAAAUACUUCAUUUGGAACGAUAUCUGCUUUCACUCUAUCGCACAUCUUUUGAGCAUCAUCUUCACAGUUCAGAGACCCACACCAUGCCUUCACCCUGUCAAAUAGAAACACAUUCACAUUUGCUAUCUGUUGCUGAUCAGUCAUGUGACAAAGUCAAGCCCGAUGCUUGCUUAAGCGGGUAUCAUUGCAGAAUUUCUCCUCUGCAAAAGGGAAUUUCUGGUUCAAAUGAUCAACUUGGUUCUUCCGUUCCAAUGUCAUCAUCUAGAAAAGAGAGAACAAGUGGUAAUCGUACCCAUCGUAGCCUUGGGGAUCACUUUGGAACUCCUUGUACUGAUGGUGGACCUGAUAGACUUUCUGAAGAUAUAGUCAGAUGUAUAUCUUCUAUCUACUGCAAGCUUGGGGACCCAAAUCAAUCUCAUCAGGGACCUUCAGAAUCUUCUGCUUCAUCCCUGUCUUCCUGCAGUACAGUUUCUACCAGAAAUCUUUCUGAUACAUGGAGUCCGUUUUGCAACGAGGACAGUAAGUAUGAUGGCUUGAAAGAUGAAAGGGGACCAUAUGCCGAUAUGGUAGAAGUCCUGAAAAUAGGCCUAGAUGAUGAUGGUUUCAAUUAUGCGGAGAAGAUGCUAAAACAUUUCAGAACGCUGAUAAAGAAACUUGAGAAGAUUGACCCUGGAAAAAUGAAGCGUGAACAGAAGCUUGCGUUUUGGAUCAACCUUCAUAAUGCUUUGGUGAUGCAUGCACAUUUAGCAUAUGGAACUCAUGAUAACUCGAGGAGUAAUUCCAUUUUGAAGGCAACUUAUAAUGUGGGUGGAGAGUGUAUAAACGCGUAUAUCAUACAGAGCUCUAUAUUAGGAAUCCGAUCUCACUUCAGAGCCUCGUGGCUGCAAUCGCUGCUAUCUCCCGGGAGGAAGUUGACAACAGUGCCUACCCAACAUGUUUAUGCCAUUGAAUACCCUGAGCCUCUUGUCCAUUUUGCACUCUCUUUAGGGACAUUCUCUGAUCCAGCGGUGCGAGUCUACAAGGCACAGAACGUAUUUCAGGAUCUGAGACUUGCUAAAGAAGAGUUCAUACGAUCAACUGUAUACAUCCACAAAGAAUCAAAGAUUUAUGUUCCGAAAAUCUUGUAUUACUUUGCAAAGGACAUGGAAUUGACUGUUCCUGGACUUCUGAAGAUGGUGAAUGCUUGUCUACCUGAAACUCAACAGAGAGCUAUCAAAAGAAAUGUUAAAGAUUGUUAAUUCUAUAAGAAGUCUGUGAAGAAAUUCUUUUUUUAAUCGGAGGCUGGAUUUGUUAAAUGGAGAAUUUGAUGAAGGAAUGUGCGAGAGGUUAAGGAAAACGAUGCCAGAAUUAGUGCAUGAUUGUCAAUUCAGUGGCGGCGAUACGACGACCUCUUACUCGUUGUCGUCAAAUGGAUCAGUUUCAUCGAGUGGAUUUUGGUCUAAGCAUCGGGAUGAUGUUAGCUGCAAUCAGCUCCAGAAGGUUCAUAAUUAGAUUUAAUUUUGUUGUUUUAGACAUGUAUUUGUUUGUUUUGAUAACUCAGUUGGAUAAAUGAUUUGGCAUUUCCAUAGAACAACUUGACUCUGUUUUUGGAUCUUAUUGAAUUUUUCACCUGGUAAUGAUUU